AUGUCCUCGUUCGCCUCCCUGCGAGCGUCGAGGGAUGCGCGGCUCGCGCCCACCCGCCACGGCGUUGGAAGUGCUUCUGAUCCUGCCUCUAGUGCUUCCGGUUCUGCCACCGCGCAGGCUGCUGGCACGCCCAGCGACCAGGCUGUGGUGACUGCUUGCACUUCCACUUCCUCGGCCGCGAUUGCGGGCACCACCACCACCCCGUCGCCAGCGACGAUGGCGCUGUUCCCAGACCUCGCGCCGUCGCCGCUCGAGGUGCGGACAUCCCCCACGUCCGGGCGUGGACUGUACGCAACCCGCUCCAUCACAGCAGGCUCCACCAUACUCGUCACCCAACCGCUAGUGGGCGCCGUCUCCACUGCCAACCUCCAGCAGACGUGCUCGGGCUGCUUCUCGGCGUCCAAAAAGGUAUCGCGGUGCGCGGCGUGCAAGGCGCUGCACUACUGCUCGGCGCAGUGCCAGCGGCAAGACUGGGCCCAGCACAAGACCGAGUGUGCGGCGCUCACGCGGCUGCGGGGCAUGUGGGCGCGCGCGUACCCCGACCGCGCGCGGGCGGGUGGCGACUGGACACAGGUGGCCAACAUGGAAUCUCACGCCAAGAGCCUGCCUGAGGCAGACAAGAUGAAGCUGGCGUCGCAGGUCCAGCACCUCCGCCACUACCUCUCGGCGGCGACGCCCGACCCCGAGGACCCCGACACGCUGCACCCGGCCGACAUGGCCGAGUACGGGUUCACGUCGGCGCUGGAGCUGCUGGACAUGUGUUCUGCGUUCUCCGUCAACUCGUUCACGCUGUCCACGGGCGACCUGACGCCCGUGGGCGUCGCCACGUCCCCGCUGUGCGCGCUGUUCAAUCACUCGUGUGAGCCCAACGCCGUCGUCGUCUUUCCGCGCGCCGGAAGGGGGAUGCACGUCGUGGCCAUCAGUGAUAUUUCCCAGGGCCAGGAGGUCCUGACAUCGUACAUUGACGUCUCGCUGCCGUAUGCCGAACGCCAAGACGACCUGCUGGAGCGCUACGGCUUCACCUGCGCGUGCCCCCUGUGCACGCGUAACGCCGAUUUGGGAUGGGCCGACCCGCGGUGGUGCUUGUUGCACCGUGGGUGCAAGAGCGGUGGCCGUGGCCGUGUUCCCAACCUUCGGCACGACGGACAAGCGACGGUCAGGUGCUCGUGUACCAAGACGUUCACCGUCGACGUCCCGCAGCUCAAGAACCUGGUGGAGAGCGGCAAGAGCGUGCUGGCGCAAGACGAGCGCGGGACACUGGACCCCUCGACGGCGCUCUCGACUCUCACCUCCCUCGUCCCGCGCCUCGCGGGCCUCAUGCCGCCCAGCGCACACCCGCUCCUCCAGCUGCUCAGGCUGCACGCCCUCCUGCUCACGCCGCCGGCGACGGCGGUCCAGCAGGCCGAGGUGGCCACGCUGCUCACGGCCGCCGCGCAGGGCGCGCGCGAGUCACACCCAGAGAACCACCCGACCGUGGGCGUCAUCCUCGCCACGCGGGCCAAGGUCAUGGCCAUGGAUGUGGAUGGCGCCGUUGGCGCCGCUGGUGCCGCCGCCGUCGGUCGCCCUGUUGUCGCCCCCCAGGGCGACGAUUCCCUCGGCCGCGUGAUGCUCUCUCCCGAGGGCAGGCGGGCCAAGCUCGACCAGCUGGCCGCGUGCGUCGGUGCGCUGCGGGACGCGAGUGCGGCGUGUGACCUCGGCUUUGGGCAUGGCGGCGAGGUGAGCGAGGACCUGCAGAGCGUGCUGGUGGGCUGUGAGCGGGAGCUGGAUAUGUUGCGGAGAUGA